UCCCUUCCCUCCCCCCAUCAUCAACGCGAAAAGAACAGGACAGAAGCAGACUAAAUGAAAAUGACCUGAAAAGCAGAGACAGCCAUGGCAGCAGCGCUGGAAUGCUGGUCCAGCCGAGCCAGUACGGACGAGGACAUGGCGGAGCAAGUCCUCAUGAGAGCGGGAGACAGAUCGGAAGGUGCGCUGAGGAACGCCGCAUCUUCCUCCUUCGAUGUGUGCGGAGGCGGUGCCGGCGGCCUCAAGGAGUCGUCGGCGAUGCAGAAGCGGUUCCAGAAACUGGGCAGGAACGUUUCCGAAGCCAUUGCGUCGCUGAAGAACUCGUUUAACAUCGAUUCUGUUCGAGAAUCUCCCGCUCCUCCUCCUCCUCCUCCGGCCGGCCGUACGGACGGAUGCCGGAAGCAGUUUUGGGCCGGCGUCGUGCGCAGCCUGACUCAGCUCUACCCUGGCAGUCAGCUUCCCGAGAGACUCGUUUCCAACAUCCGCAAGCAUUACGACUCUUUGCCUCUCAGUUACGCGCAAGCUGGUUUUGAAAUGAAGGAUGUAUUUCUACACAUCAAAUUGCUAGAACAAGCGUCAAUGGAGGAUCAACCGGCAAUAAUGAUACAAGAGGCGUCUGAAGAAGACGAAGAAGUUCAUGGGUCGGGUGUAUAUAAGCUGACAUUCGCUUGCAGUUCUUCUAUUUCUUGGCCGGCCAUGUCUGGGGCCCUCGAUAGUGCGUCGAUUUCUUGUAAAAAAACACAGAUCUUCGAGAAGAAAGGGUUCACAUUAGGGGUAGCUUUGCUUUUAGUUCAGCAAAUUGAUCAGGAGAGAAUUUUCAGAACUCGGAUUGAAAGUGCUCUCAAAUCUGCUCUCAAGAAGCCAAAAAAUAAGAAGCUCCCUUUCCGGCUUUGUGGGUGUCAAGAACAGAACACUCCCGGGAGAGAGUUUGGGGAGGUUGAAGAUGAGGACUGUGGUCAACCAAAUUACAGAACUGCAAGUGACGAUACAAGCCCGGAAGCUCUCUUGCAAACCCCUUUGCACAGCUCUUCGUUUAUAGUAUCUGUAAAUGAAUGGCAGACGGUGCAUUCCGGUGGGAAUGAGAUUGAGAAGUGGCUUUUGAGCCCAGAUAUGCUCGAGUUUACUGACCAGCUUGGACCUUGUACCUUCAAGGGGGUAUACAAGGGAAAGCGAGUUGGGAUCGAGAAGCUCAAAGGCUGUGACAAAGGAAAUGCGUAUGAGUUUGAGCUUCGAAGAGAUUUGUUGGAGUUGAUGACUUGCCAACACAGGAGUAUAUUGCAUUUCUACGGCGUGUGCAUUGACGAUGAUCAUGGAUUGUGUGUUGUGACUAAGCUAAUGGAAGGCGGAUCCGUUCAUGACUAUCUCUUCAAGAAUAAGAAGAUUCAUACUAAAGAGAUUAUGAAGAUUGCGUGCGAUGUAGCUGAGGGACUUAAGUUCAUGAAUGAUCAUGGAGUUUCCUAUAGAGACCUUAAUACUCAGAAGAUCUUAUUAGACAAAUAUGGGAAUGCUUGCCUCGGCGACAUGGGAAUUGUGGCUGCUUGCAAUGGUGGUGGUGAAGCUAUGGAGUAUGAAACUGAUGGCUAUAGAUGGCUAGCUCCUGAGGUUUGUUCCACACUCUACAUUCUUUCCUGCAUUCGUGCCAUUUACCCCCAAACUCUUCAAACAUUUCACAGAUCAUUGCCGGUGACCCAGAGAACGUUGCAGAAACAUGGAUGAGCAACGCGUAUAGUUUCGGCAUGAUAUUAUGGGAACUAGUGACGGGGGAGGAAGCGUAUUCCUCCUAUUCACCGGUGCAGGCUGCCGUUGGGAUUGCUGCUUGUGGCCUCAGGCCUGAAAUCCCAAAGGACUGCCCCCAAACUCUUAGGUCUCUGAUGACCAAGUGUUGGAACAGUUGCCCUUCAAAGCGCCCUCCCUUCUCUCACAUUGUAUCAACUUUGACCCCAUCCCAGCAGCAAUAAUGGCCCCCACUUUUCAUGGCGUCUUUUGGGUGGGUUUAUACUUGCAGGAGUUGAAACUCCAUGCCAAAUGACUUGGGUCUCUUCUUCUGUCUGGGAUUUAUUAUAUCUGUCUAUUCCAACUCAUUACAUCAAAAGAAAGAAAAAAAGUCAAGGGUCCAGG